CGCGCACACCGACCGCCUGCGCCGAGACCACGAGGCGCUGGAGCUGCUGUGCCGGGAGACGUACGGGCUGUACGCGGAGCUGCUGCACCGCAUCGACUCGCUGCCGCGCUGCCCGGACGACCUGCGCGCCCAGCGCCGCUUCAUGGACUUCGCCUGCCGCUCGUUCGCCUCGCGGCUGGAGCGCCGCCGCAACGUCCUCAUCACCGCCCAGAGGUUCUCCAGGCUCGCCGGCGAGUACCUGGAGCGAUCAGAUGAGCUGCUGAUAUCGCUGGAGCGCAAUGACACGGAGCUGGAGCGCCGCCUGGAGCAGGCUGAGGAGGCGCUGCGCCAGCUGCACGAGGACAGCGAGGCCCUGGGUGAGGUGGAGCGGGAGUGCGUGCGCGAGGGCGAGCGGCUGUCGGACCUGCUGGUGAUGCCGGUGAAGGACGCGCUGGGCCGCCACCUGGCGGUGGAGCGCGCGGCCGACACAGCGCGCGCGCAGCGGCUGCUGCAGCAGGUGUGCGCGCGCGCGGCCGCGCUGCGCGAGCGCGUGGCGCGCCACCGCCUGCUGCUGCGCCAGGCGGCGCUGGUGCGCUGCUACGAGGCGGACGCGGCGCAGGCGGCGGCCUGGCUGCGCCAGCUGGGCGCCGCCAUGCGCGACCAGGUCGGCUGCUCCGUCGCCGAGAUCCAGCGCCAGAAGGAGCAGCACCAGGACUUCCAGCACACGGCCAAGGGCUCGUACGAGUACGGCCGGCAGCUGGUGCAGGCGGCGCUGGCGCUGCGCCAGUGCUGCCGCCUGGCGACGGCGCCCAACGAGCAGCUGAGCGGCGCGCUGGACGCGGCGUGGCGCCGCCUCGACGCCGCCGCCCAGGAGCACGUGACGCGCCUGCGCGUCUCCGCCGUCUUCCACCGCAGCGUCGACCAGCACUGCGAGCAGCUGAGGGAGCUGAUCGCAGAGGCGUCCGGCGCGGCGCCGGCUGCCCAGGAGGAGGCGGCGGGGGCGUGCCGGAGGGCGCGGGCCCAGCGGCUGCUGGCGGCGCGCGAGAAGCUGUUGCUGGAGGUGGGCCGCAUGGUGCGGCUGGGCCGCCUGCUCAGGACCAGGCUGCGAGAGCCGCUGGCCGCCAGCGACAGGGAGGAUGAAGAGGACGAGGAGCAGCGGCAGCAGCAGGAGGGCCCCGGCGGCAACGCGACCGCCGUCGACGCCAUCUCGGAGCGCCUCGCCGAGGUGGCCGAGCUGGCCGAGCGGCUGGACGCCGCGCUCUGCGCCGGCGACGUCAGCGUGCGACGCGUGCUCGACUCCGAGAACUGGGGCUCGGGCGCGAAGCCUGGCGACGGCGACGCGGGCGGCGGCGGCGGCGCGGCCGGCGAGCGCUCGGACGAUGACUUCCUGACGGCCUCGGAGUGCACGUGCACGCGCAGCUCGUCCUUCCACACGGCGUCCGAGUGCGCCAGCGGCGGCGGCGCGGCCUCGCCCUCCUCCUGGUGGGAGGAGGACCAGUCCGAGGAGCAGUCGCAGCCGCAACAGCUGGUCACCACCUCUGUAGAGGAAAGACAAGGAGUCAUUGUCCAUGAAGUGACAGAGACUAGAACACUGAAGCUCUCUCAUAGUCCGUCCUUUGGAAUAACAUCGUAUCAUAUGACCCACGAGAUAACUGAUAGUGCAGAACCAAAAGCAGAAAAAGGGGCUGCUUCUAUUUCUAAGGAGACUCACGAUAGUGCUCCAGCUCUUGAUAUACGACAGAAAAAACAAGAUUUCGAGGAAAACACUGAAGAGGAAAUUAAACUGGAAGAUGGUCUCAAAGAGAGCGGAGAAUGGCUGCAGCUGAAGCUGCUGGAGGCGGCGCCGGACCUGACCAAGCUGGGCGCCGACCUGCGCGAGGCCGAGGAGCUGCGGGCGGCGCACGCCGAGGUCCUGCGCCAGCUGCAGAGCAAGCAGAGCCCGGUGGAGGAGCUGCUGCGGCAGGCGGACCAGGUGAUCAGCACGCAGCGGCCGCGCGCAGAGGUGUACGCCGCCAUGGCGCAGUCCCUGGGCCGCGCCUGGGCAGACGUCAACGCCCACCUCGACCUGCGCCGCCAGCUGCUCGACCUCAACGUCAGCUACCACAGGCAUGCAGCAUCGUGCUCGGAGGCAAUGCGGGUCCUAGAAGUGGCGUGCGACGAGGCUUCAGGGCUGCCGACAGACGCAGAGUCGGCCAAGGAGGCGCUGUCUGCAUUGCACGAGGCGCGCCGCGUUUCCCUGGAGUCGCUGAUGCCCGCCUUGCAGGAUGGCCGUGCGCUGCUCGACAAGUUGCGCGAGUUGGUAGCUCUCGGCACUCUCGAUUCGCGGCCGAAUGCCAUCCGGGUCGCCGCCAGCUACGCAAACUCACAGGUGGAGCACUGGAUGGAGGCAUUACACGAUCGGCGGCAGCAGCUGGAACUGGCAUUCUCUCGGCGGCGCGAGCGCCUCGAGCAGUGCCUGGCUCUCAUGCUCGUCGCCCGAGACCUGCGUGCUCUCGAGGACGCUGUGGACAGGCGGCGUCACGAACUCGCUGACGUGCUCGGUGACUCCGCUGCCAGUGCUGAGAUACUGCUUGCAGAGCACCGUCGCCUGUUGCCAGAAGCCAAGGAGUUUCAGGAUCGUGGUGUGAAAAUAACUAAAGCAACAGAGCAGCUUGUUUCCUCUGACCAUUUUGCUGCUGAGGAAGCAGUAGCACAAGCUUACAAAGUUCUCCAGCAGUGUGCUGAAUAUUCUGAAGCUCUUGACAACAGAGAGAAUCUACUCCAAAGGGCAAUCAGCUUCUUCCGCACUGCACACACCGCAAUGCAAAAACUCGACCAGCUGGAACAGCAGCUGAAGAUGAAUGAACUGCCUGUCACUUCUCCUCAGCUGGCAAAAAUGCAUGCAGCAGCUGUACAGACUAUAGAAGAUGUAACAGAUGGACCUCUAAAAGAAGGUUACGCCCUUCUUGAUGCAGCUGGUCACAGUAUGCCUGGAUCGGAGGGAAUUAAAAGAGCAGUGGAAGAACUGGAAAAUCGAAAAAUUUCUCUUAAUGGAUUGUGCAUAGCUCACAAAGAAGAACAUCUUAGAGUGUCUCUAGCUAUGCAAACGUACAAAGAAAAAGAAGAGGAGAUUUUCUCCUGGAUUGUGCAAAUUGCUGAAGCAUUCCUGCAAGGUCACCAGGACAUGGGCAGCGUUCUGGCAAUGGCACAAGACUUCCUCCAGUUGCAUCAGCAGCUAUUGGGGGAUGUACAGGAGAAAGGUAAUGAAAUCAACAAUCUGCUGCUAACACUCCCACCUAUUCUGGAGGUUGCAACAGAUGAAGAACGUGCCAAGAUUGAUGAAAAAGUGGAAGCAUUACAUAAUCUGUGGCUGAAUCUGAAGAAUGUUGUUGAAGCACGUAUAUAUCUAGCACAGAUAUAUGUCAAGUUCCAUACAGUUGCUGUUGAUCUUGCUAAUGAAUUUGAUGCUCUUGAUGAUGAACUCAAGAAAAGUUCAGAAAAAAUAUCAGAUGAAACAAUCAGAAAUGUAGAACAAAAGUGGCUCUACAUUCAGCAGUUAUAUACACAGCUCCAAAGUAUAGGCAAUAGUGUGAAGGAUGAAUGUUCAAAGAUUGGAGACCCGUAUCUAGACACAAAACGUGCAGCACUAUGUGUGGACACAUUGCUGGAGCACUUUGGCGGCCGUCAGCUGACACUGACGCAGAGCUGGCAGACGUGGCAGAGCAGUGUGACAGUGGAACGUGAGACACAGAUUCUGUGGGAGAGGAGUGUUAUUGACUGUUCAAAGACUUAUGAUUGGGCAUCCAAACUAGAUGGCCACUUAUACCCUGUCAUGACAAGUGAAAGCUCAUCAUCAAAAGUGAUAGUACGAGAAUUAGAAGACAAACUGCAAACAGUGCUGCCUGAACUAAAAAAAGCACAAACUGAAAUUGAACUAAGGGUGAAGACAGCUGAAAAUCUUGUCUUAAAAGGAGAGUCACAGGGCCAGAAAGAAGAAAUGACUGCUAAGCUCAUAGAUCUACAUGGGAAACUCCAGGUUAUUGCUACAGAUUAUCAGAUAUUACUACAAAUGCUUAUCGCAUUCUUCAAGAAUCUGGCGGAGCUGGAGAAGACAAUAGAGAACCUGGAAUCGCAGUACAGACACACACGCCUACCAAGUUCUGUGUCUGACAUUGAGCUAUUGUUGAAAGAACAUGAGGCAUCUCGGCAAGCUGUCCUUGAACUUUUUAAAUUCACACAGAAUGAAAAGGAACAAAUAGUCAUUAGAAUCAAGCAACAGGAACCAGAUACAGCUGCUAAGCAUGAUAUUGACAGUCUGACAAGACUAUUGGAAAUAAAACGGAUAGCAUGGGAAUCUGCAUGGACAGAUCGAAAACUGCAGAUUGAGCAACAUCGUCAACUUUGUCAGUUUGAUAGUGAUUUACAUCAAAUUAAUGCAACCUUAAAUGAUCUCAGCAGACAGUUGGAUGCUAUAAAGGGACAAUAUGGAGAAUCUCUUGUCAGUGCUAAAGCCACAUCACAGGCAUUUGUUUAUUUUGAAAAAACUAUUGAGCUCCUGGAAGUCCGCAUACAGACUUUUGUAAGCACAGCAGAAAAUAUGCUUUCUACAGAACAUGUACCAUCACCACAUGUAGAACAUGAGCUGAAGCAGCUACAGUCCCGUUGGCAGCAAUUCCACAAUCAAGUAGUUGAGAGCAGGCGGCUUAUUGAUCUCAGUAUGCAGUAUUUCACACUAGUGGAAGAGGCAGAGGAGUGGUUCCGAGAGGGAAGUAAACUGCUUGUAACAAUUGCCAGGAAAUCAACAUCUGUGAAGAAACCAGAUGAGGCCACACAACUGCUUGCAGAAGUAGAUACCUUCCUAAAACCUGGAGAACUUAGACAAGAUGAGAGGAUAAGGAAAAUUUCAACGCUUGCUAUUGAACUUUAUGGUGAAGAACGUUCAAAGCAGGUCUCUCUUGUACUCAGUGAGAACAAAGAAAUGUUAGACUCAUUCACUGUCAUCAGUGAAGAACUUAAUACGCUUGCAAGGAAUCUCAAAGCUGCAGAAGAACAAAGAGAAAAACAAAGAGAGGAGCAACAGGCUGUGGAGGCAAGCUUAGCAGCUGCUCGAGCAGAGGCGGCAGCUGCACAGGCAGCGGCAGCAGCUGCAGAGGAAGCACGCAGAGCUGCGGAGUCUGCUGCGAAGCUGCUUAAGGAGACAUCUGUCACUGUGCACAAGGUUGAUGUCGAGAUGCAGGUUGCUAUGCCAGAGACAAAACAACUGGAGAGACCACAGAAGUCACCAAGUCCACCACUCAAAAAGGCAAAAAUUGUUACUGCAUCACCCAAAAAUGUUGGUCCUGUGUUUUCUGUGCCUUUGAAUGAUGCUGUAAUACAAGAGGGUGAAAAGUUUACAUUUCGUUGUUGUGUAACAGGUACACCAAUGCCAGAAGUGAUUUGGUAUAAAGAUGGAAUAUCAAUUCAGAAUAACCCAGAUUAUCAGACCACAUUUAAAGAUGGAAACUGUUCACUAACUAUAGAAGAAACGUUUACAGAAGAUUCAGCCAAGUUCACUUGUAAAGCAACAAAUGCAGCAGGGACAGCAGAGACCAGUGCAACACUGUCAGUAAAAGAAGCCGAACCUGAGGAGCAGUUGUCUCCACCACAUUUCACACAGCCACUGCAAAACAGCUCUGCUCGUGAAGGAUCUUCUCAUGAACUACGCUGCCAUGUUGAAGGCAUUCCAUUGCCAACUGUACAGUGGUUCAAGGAUGGAACAUGUGUUGAUGCUUCUCCAGAUUACGUCAUAACAUUCAAUAAUGGAGAAGCGUUACUGCGAUUUGAGGAAGUUUUUCUAGAAGAUCAAGCUGAAUACAGUUGCCGUGCCACUAACCCACUUGGUUCUGAUAGCUGCUGUGCUCGUCUCACUGUGGAACCUCUUGAACCUACAGAAACCCCUGCUUUCAUUGUGCCAUUAACAAAUGUUAUGGCUAGGGCUGGACAGAAGAUAAAACUGGAAUGUGAAGUUACUGGACUCCCCUCACCACAGAUUAGUUGGUCUCAUAAUAAUAAGCCUGUAAAAGAAACUAGGGACUUAAAAGUGCAGUAUGAAAACAACAAAGCAACACUGGUCAUAACAGAAGCUUUUCCAAAAGAUGCUGGUAUUUAUGUAGUGACGGCCAAGAAUAUAGCAGGUGAGGCAUCAAGUUCUUGCAAUGUAUCUGUAAAAGGACGACUACCAACUGAAACAUCAGACUCUGAGCUUGCAAGUGACAUGGAACCAACUAAGCCAUCCAUCCAGGUGCCCCUGAAAGACAUUAUUGUAUUUGAAGGAAAACGAGCAAGACUGGACUGUGUGAUAGUGGGACAACCAGAACCAGAGGUGAUUUGGUAUCAUGACGACCGACCAGUAAAAGAAUCAACAGAUAUUCAGCUACUCUUCCAAGGUGAUCGCUGUUCAUUAAUCAUUCAGGAGGCCUAUUUGGAUGAUGCUGGGGAGUAUAAAGUAGUGGCAAUCAACUCUGCAGGAGAAGCUAACAGCAAAUGCAGUCUUUCUGUCAAAUCUCUGGCUGAUACAGAACCAAAAAUUCAGCCAAAGCCACCAGAGGUGACAGAAGAGGCUUCAGGCAAAGCUCCAAAAUUCACUAAGCUACUUGCAGAUGUCAUGGUCAGUGAGACAGAAUCUGCAGUCCUAGACUGUUGUGUGGAAGGAGAUCCAUUACCUGAAAUAAAGUGGUUCCUCAACAAUUGUGAGAUAAAGCCAGAUGCUCACAGAGUGUUUCAGCAUGACAAAGAUGGAAAUGUAAGCCUGACUAUUAAAUCUACAUCUCCUGAGGACAAAGGAGUUUAUACAGUGAAGGCCACCAAUAAAAAUGGAGAAGCAAAAUGCUUCUCAAACCUCAUAAUUAAAUCCUCUGGAAUAACGGAAGUGAGAAGCAAAGUGGAUAAACAAGUUUUCCCUGCGUUCAAGGAAUUAUUUGCAGACAGGACAGCUUAUGCUGGAGAUUCAACUAAGUUUGAGUGUAUAGUCACUGGUAAACCUACUCCAAAGGUCAAAUGGUAUUUCAAUGAUGAACCCGUAUCUGGAAAGGAUUUUCUGGUCUCAACAAGUGGCGAGCGUCAGGUGCUAACAAUUCCUUGUGUGGCAAACAGUCAUGCUGGCAAAGUGGCUUGUGUUGCAGAAAAUGAAGUGGGAAAAGCAACCUGUCUGGCUUUACUCACCGUACAAGAUCCGCCUACUCUGCCUUCGCUGCUGAACAGCAACAUUUCAGAGCAAAUAGAAUCUUCAUCUUUCAGUGUGAAGAGAUCUGUAUUUAUGCAAUCAUCUACAAGUCAAGUGACAUCAUCAACUUUGACUACAGGCACAGAGCCGAAAGUAGAAGUGCACAGUUAUUCUUCUGAGUCACAGGAGUCUUUCAAGCAAUCUGGUGGCAAACCUCCAGUUCAGGUUGAAAGUCACAAAACAGUGGAAGUACAUCAAGUGGAUAAAGAUAAGCCUGAUAUUCACCAAACAUCCUUCUUGAAGGUAUCAAAUGCCGCAGAGGAAAGCCAAGAGAGCUCAACAUCAAGCUACUCAACUCCAGUGGCUUCUCCGAAACCAGUCAGGAAAUCAGUUGGUCCCCGAUUUAUCAGUCCACUCAAUGGAGUGAUUGUUGAUCAAGGAGCAGAUGUUGUUUUGGAGGGUAUUAUUGAUGGUUAUCCACAACCGGAGGUGAGCUGGACAAAGAACGGUCAGCCACUUAUAGCCAAGGAAGGUUCUGUAAAUAUAUCUUGGAAACUUAAUAAAGCUCGUGUAGAACUCAAGAAUGUUGUUGUGAAGGAUGCUGGCAGGUAUACCUGCACUGCCUCAAAUAAGGCUGGCUCUGCCAGCAGUACAGCUGAUGUUGUUGUUAAAAAAACUGUCUUCCCUCCUGUGUUUGGUCGACGUUUGCAAGCCCAGGUGGUCAAAGUUGGCGACAGAGUGGUAAUGGAAGUUGAAGUAACAGGGACUCCAGAACCAGUGAUUACUUGGAUGAAAGAUGGAGAAAUAAUAAAGUCUGGAGAUCAAUAUCGGCUCAAGUCACAAGGCAACUGCCACUCUCUUAUAAUCGAGAAAGUGUCACUACCUUAUUCUGGUAAAUACACAGUCAAGGCAAAAAAUUCUGGAGGUGAGGCACAAUGCAUCGCAGACUUUGUUGUUUAUCAGCCUGAACCAACUACUGAAGUGGUCAAAAAUGUUAUAUUUGAAGACAUCGUUCAAUCAGAAACACAGAAGCAGACACAUCUGCAGUCUUCCACAAGCAAAGUCAUAUCAGAGAAUGUAACUCCAGUCCAGCAAAUAAAGAGACUAGUUGAUACAUCUUCUGGCUUAGUGCCAGGGACACAGUCUUUUGUUUCAGAAUCUCUGUCACUAACAGAGCAUAAAAGGAGUGAAAAACAUGUUUCUGUAAAAAUUGAUCGUUCAUCUUCACCAUCAUUUCAGAAAGUUUCCUUGGAGGAAACAAAAACAACUACUGCACCUGUAGAAACCCCUAUUUCUGUCACAGUAGUAGAUGGAAAAUCAGAUCAACAUGUACCUGGAACCACUCAUGAGUAUACAGUGCCCAUUACUCUUGAAGAAAAAUCACGUGUUCCUCCUGCAACUAUCCCAGAAAAGAAAGGGGGUGCCUUUGCUUGUGCUGAGGAUAAGCCAAAGUCCACCCUUGAAAAAGUCACUGAGGAGCCUGUGAAACCUCAGCCAACAAAAAAGUCUGAACCAGAAAAAUUUAUGGGAACUGAGACAACUGUUUCUUCAACCGAGAUAGAAAAAUCUGUAAGUGUGACUGAAACUGCUUUGACUGAGAAGAAAACAGAAGAAACAGGCAUAGAAGAUGCUCCUAUAAGCAAGAAAAGUGCAUUUGACUUUUUUGUUGCCAAACUGAAGGACAAUGAAGAACAGCCUAUAAAACCAAAACAGCCAGCAAAAGAGGAUGAACUACCAACAAGGGGUACUGUAAAGGAUGCAGUAAAAUCAUUUUCUGUCUUAGAGAAGAAAGAGGAGGCCUAUUCUGUUCCAAUUAAGGAAGUGACUGAUAAGCAGAAGUUCACAGAAAGUCAGAUUCAGCAUAUAGAACUGCCAACAUCAACAUACGAGUCACUAAAAAAAUCCCAAUUUCAAUCGGAGAAGGUGGUAAGCUCUACAUUUUCUGUGAAACAUAUUACAUCAUCUGAUAGUUUUGAUCUAAUACCUGAGCCACCACCUGAAAUAGGAUACAUCCCGAAGACAGAGACAUCUAAAAAAGCAAAAGAAGAUGUGACAACAAGAGUAAGGAAGUUGGAAGAAGGCCACAGAAUCCUUUCUGAUGUAGAGAUCCCAGCAGGUGGUGUAAAAAUAUUCCCAACCCCAAGUAAAGAGAGUGAGAGGAAAGAACAAGAAAUUCAAGGCACAAAGCCGGCACCUUCAUGGCCACCAGCUGAACAUGAAAAGAUUACUAGCGACCAGAAGAAAUCUACCAUCAAGGAAGUUCAGGAAGAGGUCUGUGUUCAGAAAAAAGUUGUCAAGCCAGGUCUUGUGGAUUCAUCUCAGCCGUCCAGAAAGCAGGAGCCAAAGAAGGAAAUACCCAGUUCACAACCUCAUGUUACUAUUUCACCAUGGAUAUCGAGAAAAACAUCAGAGCUCCCACAGUCUGAGGUUGUGCCAUCUGCUCACUUGUCUUCUGUUCCAAAAUAUGAAUCUUCCCUUACUAAAAUUUCAAGUUCCGAAAGUACACAGAAGAUAUCAUCAUUAAUAACAGAAAAUAUCCUACCAACUGCAAGGCCUGUGAGCCCAAAACCAUCGGCAGAAGGAAUUGCCAUGGAGAAGUUGUGGACACCACAUAAACAACCAGAGCCUGACACAAUUAUUAUCAGACCAUCCUCAGAUGGACCUCAUCUGGCUGAAAGAGCCACCUCACCCAAACCAUCAAUGGAAGGAUUAGCAAUGGACAAAUUAUGGGCCCACAAACAUCCUGAUGCAGCUCUAAAAAAGUCAUGGCCUCCACCACCAACCACAGAGGACAAACCUAUAAUUCCUUGGGUUUCGAAAGGUAGUACUGAGAAGCAAUGGCCUCCUCCACAAACUACUAUGGUUUCUGAAAAAGUGGAAACAAAAACUCAAAAAACAGAAUCAAGUGAGUGCAAAAUUAUAAGUUCAAAACAACCUGUUAUGACAGCACCAACCAAACAACAGCCUACAGAAGAUAUAGUUAAAACAACCACGGAUCUUUACACCAAAAGUGCAUUUCAGCCAGUUCAAACACCAGACUAUGUGAAACAUUAUAUUGCUGAGACAAAGGUUCACCACUCAUCAGCUAUGGAUAAAAGUGAAACUCAUGUAAGAGAUGUCACAAAAAUUGAUAUUAAAUCGGAACAGAAAGAAGAAAUGACUAAAUAUGCAACUGGGUUACAAUCUGAUACAAAAACACAGAAGGAACCCUCCCCACCAGUAGUCGAAGAAAACAUUCUGAAACCAUCUGAAGUAAAAAAAACUUGGCCCCCUGGUUUCAAAGAAGAUUUUGAAAUGAAAGCUCCUCCUAAAAGAAAAUCUGUACCAAACAAAGAAGUAUCAAGACCAACAUCGAUGCAUGACACUGCUGUUGAACCAUUACUCGAACCUGGACCUCCACCUGAAAUUGGAUUUGCCCGUCCACCUCCACUGGAAAGAAGACAGUCAUAUGUAGAAACAAUUGAAAAGGAUUUGGAAAAAGAUCUAGAAAAAGAACCUACUAGACAUCUUGCUGGUGCUGUGAGAACAAUUCCACCUCCACCUCAGAAAGAAAGAUCACUCCCUCCACAGUUACAUCCAAAACAAAAAGUAGAUGCACAACCAGAUACUUCAAAAAUUUCUAUAUUGUCUACAGACAAAUGUAAAUUUACUGCUGAGUCUAAAACGUUUGAGAGGUUUCCAGAUCUUGAACCAUUUCCAUUUAAACCUGAUGCACCAAAACCAAAACAAAAGCUUCCACCACCACCAAAACCUUCUAAAUUUGUGAAAGGUGAAUUUGGAGGAAGUGAUUAUGAGAGUGAUUUUGAGUCUACACACAUUCCCCCAAAAUGGCGCCCAUACGAGAGUGACACAGAGGAUAUUCAAUAUCGUAGGGUCAAGCCACCAGUGAUCUCAUCGCUCCCAAAGAGACCAAAGUCAACUGAACCUGAACCACCUCCUCCAUCAAAAUUUGAUAAACCACCACAAUUUCAAGGACCACCUAGACCUGAUGUAAAAGUUAUCAGGGACACAAAAAUAGAAAGUGUUAGCAAAACAGAAUCAAAAAUUGAAACUAAAAUUGAGAAACAAAGUAAAUUUUUUUCUGCAGAAACAAGAAAGAUUUCCCCUCCACCUCUGAGACAAGGAUCCCCACCAGUCUUUGUUCAAGCAGUUCCUCCUCCAGAACACCAAGAAAUGAAACCUACUGUUGAUUCCAAGAAACCUGAACAAAAACCUGACUCCCCAAAAUCAAAAACUAAAAUGAUACGCACAGAAUUCAGAGAGAGUGGGUACAUGGCUGACACAGAUGAGCCAAGGCAAUUGAAUCAAAUUUCUCAAAAGUCCAGUAGUAUGAAACAGGAAGAAUUCAGUAAAACAAGUAUUUCGCAAACAACUUUAAUAACAGAGAAAAUAUCAGUUCAGAACAAACAACUGUUGCAACAACAAAAACUUGUCUCUUCAGAAAAACCAAGUCAUCUAAGACAUCAUUCUUCUGUAAGAGCCCAUCACAGACAUUCAGAGCAUAAGGCUGAGAAGAAAACUACAACAGAUACAUCUUCCAAGCAAGAUAAGGAAAUAUCAUCUACGGUGGUCACGAAAGAGCUGCCUGGUCUUCAACAAGCAUCCAGAGAUGACAGAGAUUCAAGUUUGGAACCUUUUCCUUUCGAACCAGAGGCUCCUCGUACUGUGUCAAAGCGAGUUCCAAAAGCUCCUCCACCUCCAAGUCCUUCAAAGUUUGUUAAGGGUGAAUUCCGUGAAAGUGAUUACGAGAGUGACUAUGAGGGUAGAAUCCCUGCUAAGUGGCGUCCAGCUGAUUCUGAUGCCGAAGAACCCACGUAUCGUCCUGUCAGACCUAUACUAACCCCACGUGCCAGCUCUCGUGCCUCUGCAGGUGGGCGUACACCAACACCUCCAACUGAAUUUGAUAACCCUCCACAAACUGGGGGACCACCAAGACCAAAAUUUGAGCCUAUAGAAAAACUAAAUCAAUCUGUCAAAUCUGACAAAACUUCUAAGUCAUCAGAAAAAGUUCAAGUGAUAUUUAAACCAAAACCUGUGACACCCAAAACUGUGGCGCCAAUGGAAGUGAUUACUGCAACACCUGCUGUAAAAACUACUGAACGUGUUGUACUGGAACCAGGGUCCCCUCCUGAGAUAGGUUACAUUCCACCACCCAGAACUGGGCAAAAAGUGAGUAAGUCAAUCUUCCAGAAUGCAACUCAGACUGAAACUUCCAAGGUUAUGAACUUUGCCGAAGAGACAGAGACCAGUCGGCGUGUUAUGAGCUUGCAACAAACCACGAGAGUGAUAAAAUUUGGUGAAGAUGACAGAAAAAAGCCUGAACCUAAAUUAGAACCUUUCCCUUUCAGGCCAGAUCCAGACAGGCCCAGGCGUAGCAGUGCUCCUCCUCCCCCUAAACCUAAAAAGUUUUUUCCUGGUGAAUUUCGUGAAAGUGAUUAUGAAAGUGACUACGAGGGUCGCAUUAAACCAAAAUGGACACCAGCAAACAGUGAUACCGAUGAACCAAAGUAUCGUAGGGUUAGGCCUCCACAAGUGACACGAUCUGUGAGUGUCCCAAGUAAAUCAUUGACUCAAGUUCCAACACCAAUGGAAUUUGACACUCAGCAGCCAUAUAUUCCAUCACCAUCUGAGUCUCCGUGCUCAACACUGGAAAGACAGUCAAAAACUAGUGCACAAAAACUUCAGUUUGAAACAGAGCAAAGAAGAUUAAGGAGAGUGGAAGAAAUGAAAAAAAGAUUUAGUGUAACUCCACCAUCUACUACAACUGUAAAGAGGACAACCAGCCUCCAGGAUCUUGGUGUCAAGCCAGGAGAACCACCAGAAUAUGGCUUUAUUAGCCCAAGCACCGCUACCAAUAUUGCAUCAAAACACAUGAGUGAAAUGACAAGUACAUUUAAGUCCAGAACACAAAAGUUUGUGGACGAUAUCAUAACAGAUAUGAAAGUGACGAAACCAGACAAGUCUAUCCUGAAACCAGCUACGCCUGCUGUCACAAAUGGUGAUAAAGAGCCUCAGGCAUAUAGAGAAGAGUCCAGAGCAUCCCAGUAUGCAUCACCAGGGGGUUCUUGGUUAGGCAAAAGUCCACGUGGGCGUGGUAAUACGCCUACCCCACCCAGUACGCCAGGAAGCACACCAACACCAACACAACAGCACCAACUUAGACGACCGCCUGUGUUUAUAACACCACUGCGAGAUAUAGCUGUUGUAAGUGGACAGACAGCCCGUUUUGAAUGUAUUGUCCAAGCUGAGCCAGCACCUAAUAUCCUCUGGUCUAAGAAUGGGAGGAUAAUUGAAAAUUCUGAAGAUUACCAACUCCAUUACAGAAAUGGUGUAUGCCGUCUAACAAUCCCACAUGCAUUCCCAGAGGAUGCUGGGAGUUACUCAUGCACUGCCACUAAUAUGCUUGGAUCAUCUUGCACAACAGCAACUCUUCAGGUACCAGGUGAGAAACGAGGAAUUCGCAAGUAAAUCUGCUGCAAUGGGUGAUGGUAUUGGGCAAGCUUAUUUCUAUUAUUUCCAAGUAAAGUUAAAUAGUUUUUCUCUUUUGCCAAACUGCUAUAGUACACAAUGUUACAAGGACAACUAAAAAGUUUCUGAUGAUGUUUUGGCCAUAUGUACAAAGUUGAGCAAUGGAAAAAAACUGAUUUUGUUUGUAGUCGUGAUAAUUAGGCAUUUAUCUUCCUUCAGUGAAAUUAUUAUAUCCAAAAGAUGUCAUUUUAUACUAGUAACUCUUACUUGCUUCUUUAAUUCUUGCCAAAAUGAUGCUGCAUUUGUCAUGUAUGUUUGUGAUCUGAGCUUCCUUUAAAUGCAUUUUUGAUGUGGUGGCAAGUUCUGGGUAAUGGGUGCAUGUUGAUUUAUAGUGUUGCACGAGGUGAUGGUACUGCUGCUGAGCUUUGUUGCUGUGCUACAUUGUGUGGCAGGUUACAUUUAAUAUAUUAGUUCUUCUUUGUAAAUGAAAUAAUUUAUAAAUAAUGAAUGAAAAUGGUAACUGUUGUUGAAAUACUUGUAUGGUGCUUGACUUAUGUAAUUUGAACUUCUCUUUUUACUUUUCUGCUAUGUAGUGUUUGAAUUUCUGCACCUUUCUGUGUAGAAAAUUCAUGUUGUAAAUAAAAUUUUCAAGAAA